CGGUGAGGAGGAGGAGGUUGCCGUUGCCGCCACUUGGGCCAGAGCUGGGGGGCUGUCUCCGGGGGCCGGGAGGGGCAGAUGAAUGGGCAGCGGGCGGGAGAAUAUGAGUGGCUUUCCUCGACAAGGAGGACUUCCGGGGUUAAAUCAUCCGGAAGCGGAAGAGAAGGGCUGCCUGCUGUCCGCCUGGCUCUCCGGGGGAACGGCGGCGGCGGCGGCAGCGGGUGGCGGCGGUGGCGGCGGAGGUUCCGGGGCUGCCCCAUCUCAACUGGUGGCCCGUGCGCCGCUGGACUCCGCGUCAUCUCGACCACUAUUCCCCGCUUCAGCCCGGGCGGGUCGGAGAGCGAGGGGCCGCGGGCGGGCUAGAAUGGAAGAAUCUCACUUCAACUCCUCCCCGUAUUUCUGGCCAGGAGUGCCCACAGUCUCGGGACAGAUUGACAACAGCAUGUUCAUUAACAAAAUGAAGGAGCAGUUGUUGCCCUCAGAAAAGAGCUGUGGUCUGGCUCCUCCUCACUAUCCUACUUUACUGACUGUCCCCACUUCUGUGGCCCUUCCUACCAACAUUUCUAUGGAUUCUGACACCAAGCCAGAACACCUUACCCCAACCAGCCAGACGUCAGUAACACAGAACAUCACAGUGGUACCAGUGCAGUCUGCUGGGCUCAUGACAACAGGACCUGGUCUGGUAAUAACUUCUCCCUCUGGAUCCCUGGUGACCACAGCCUCUUCUGUGCAAACCUUUCCCAUUUCUGCACCCAUGAUUGUCUCAGCUCUUCCUCCUGGUUCCCAGGCAGCUCUCCAAGUAAUACCUGACCUUUCUAAGAAGGGCAUCCUUGCAGAAAGUGGGGCAGUGAGUGCUGCUGGCAGUAUCACCCCUAAAGCUCCCAGGGGAAGAAAAAAGAAGCGACUGCAGGAAACGGGCCUGCCGGACAUGAGUGAUCCUUUUGUGUUACCCAAUGAAGAUGAAGACGACCAGCACAAAGAUGGCAAGACAUACAGGUGCCGGAUGUGUUCCCUGACCUUUUACUCCAAGUCAGAAAUGCAGAUCCACUCCAAGUCCCACACCGAGGCAAAGCCACACAAGUGCCCUCACUGCUCCAAGAGUUUUGCGAACAGCUCCUACCUGGCCCAACAUAUACGCAUCCAUUCAGGGGCUAAGCCCUACACCUGCAGCUACUGCCAGAAAGCCUUCCGCCAACUCUCACAUCUACAACAGCACACACGGAUCCACUCCAAGCUCCACACGGCGGUUGUCAAGCCACACAAGUGCCCUCACUGCUCCAAGAGCUUCGCCAACACGUCCUACCUGGCCCAGCACCUCCGCAUCCAUUCGGGGGUCAAACCCUACACGUGCCGUUACUGCCAGAAGGCGUUCCGCCAGCUCUCCCACCUACAGCAGCACACACGGAUUCAUACUGGAGAUCGACCCUAUAAAUGUGCUCACCCUGGCUGUGAAAAGGCUUUCACACAACUUUCAAAUUUGCAGUCCCACAGAAGGCAGCACAACAAAGACAAACCCUUCAAGUGCCACAAUUGCCACCGAGCAUACACAGAUGCCACCUCGUUGGAGGUUCAUUUAGCCACUCACACAGUGAAGCAUGCCAAGAUUUACAACUGCUCCAUGUGCAAUCGGGCCUAUACCUCGGAAACAUAUUUGAUGAAACACAUGCGGAAACACAACAUCCCUGACCCCCAGCAACAGGUGGCUGUGGUCCAAGCCCAAGUCCAGGCUCAAUCACAGGCAUCGCAACAGCAGCAGCAGCACUUCCAAGCACAGGGCAGUGGAGCAGCAGGGGGUCCAUCUGGAGACAACCCGUCCAAUCCUCCCCCACAGUGUUCUUUUGACCUUACCCCUUAUAAAACUUCGGAGCAUCACAAAGACAUCUGCCUCACGACACUAGAGAAGCAUGGAUUUAUGAGUGUUUUGCUAUUUCCUGAGAAACUCCCAGGUUUGUAUGAAUUUCAUGAUAAUUAAGAUUAGGGGCCUGGAUGGCCAGAGCUUGGAAAUGCUCUGGAUCGCCAGAAUUCAGCCCAUAUGUUGUAUACUUUAGAAUUAUAUAUGUUGGCUUUUAGUAUUUCUACAUCAAGGAUAGUUCAUCAAAUAGAUUAAAUCAACCAAUGUAACAGUUGAAAUUAUUGUACUGAUUUAGAUGAAAUUAACUAGCAAAAAUAGCAAUGGAAAUAAUCCAUUCAAAUCCUAUUUUUUAAAGCUUUGUCUAGAUUUUUUUUAAGACCCAAGUGUCCGGUGAAUCUCAACUUGUGAGAUUCAACUUUACAAAAUGUAGCACAACGUUUCCUGUUUACCUAGCCUUGGAAGGUAAGCAAAACACAGAGGGUUUUCUAUGAGAAUCGCAGUAGGCAAGCAAGUUUAUGAGACAAGGUUCUCCUGUACAUCUCAAGUCAUUUAGAUAUCUAAAAAAUAUACUAAUCAAGACCCAUGUAUUUAUGUUAACACUGAUCCUCACCAACCUAUUAUUACUUUGAACCAACUGACAUUCUUGACCUAUCUCCAAAAGCAAAUCCACUGACAAUAUAUUUCAGAAGUCUUAUUGGAAUCUUAUAAAGUAACAGAUAAGCUUUGUCUAGGGCAGGGGUGUCAAACUGGCGGCCUGUGGGCCAUGCCCACCCCAGCUCCGUGAAGGAAAAUGUCACAUGAUGGCAACAUGACACCGUGGGUUUGACACCCAUGGUCUGGGGCAAGCUGUGGAAUGCUGGGAGUUGGAAGUCCAUAUAUAUUAAAGUUGCUAAGGUUGACAAACAUCUGGUCCAAGGGCUGCUUCAGCUGGGAGAGCUGCUUCAUUUUACAUGAAGUUGCUUAACCCAAAUUGGUCAGUACAGACUCAAUAGCUUAGGCUAUGCAUGUGAAUCUUAGGACCAAAGUGAAUUGAAAGUAUAACAGGUUGAUUUGAAUUAUUUGCAAUAGAUCUGGUAAAUAUUUUUGACCCAGUUAUAGUAAAUUAGACUGUUCAAACAAAGUAUAGGAAGUGAACUUGCAUGUGAGAAAUAAGUACUGUUGAAUACAGAAAACUGAUUUGCAUACUAAGCACAAACUAAGACUUAAGUCAUUUAUAAUUGAUACUGAAACAAUCUUGACGUUUUAAUUUUUAAAAAAACCCUCCAAUGAAUAUUUCAAGGUGAUGCCCUUCUGUGUUUUAACCACAAUCAGAUUGGAUGUUGUAAUCAAUAAUACUGAAAGCUGCCAAGAAGUCCAGCUAAAUUAAGAUGGGCCAUACUCCUAAUUGUUUUAGAACAAUUAAAGCUGAUUCAGGAUUGAAGCCAUGUCUGAAGUCAGAUUGACUAUUGAUCUGCUUCAAUCUUAUGCAUGAGUGUAUCAUAUCCUAUAAUAAAUAUGCACUGAAGUGAAUUUAUCUCAAAUGAUAUAUUUAACAGAUUAACAGAGUUGGAAGGGACCUGGUAGGUCUUCUAGUCCAAUCCCCCCCACUCCCCCAAGGAGCGUCUGGCCAAAGCCAUCACAAUCUCUGGUGCAAACAAAAGCCUUGGGGGGGGGUAGCGUUAUAACUGUCUUUCAAGGAGACAGAACUAAUUGUCCUCACAAAUGGAUAUUAAAUUACCUUGCAGGACAAGUAAAGCAUAUUCUUAAUAGGCUACUCUCUUUUACCUGCUAAUUUAUGUCUUCAGGCCAUAACAGAUUCAUCCAACAAAGCCCUGAGGUUUUGGCAGCUGCUACAAAUUGCAAGAUCUAUCUCUCUACAAUUAUUAUCUGCCAUUUAAUUGUGGAUGUCAGGGCAAGCCUGAUAUGCAUUACCAAAACCUGGAUGGACAGCUGUCUCUCUCUGAGAUAUAGCCCCCUGAAAUUGAGUUCCCUGCCAGGGCUGCUUUGCCUAAUUGCUGAGGUGACAGUAAAGUUUCCCAAACUGGUAGUGGGUUUUCAGUUUUUUGAGGCUCUGGUGGGCAGUUUGGUUGAGACCUAGAAUAUAUGACUAGAAUAUAUGACUAUAUUCUAGUAUAUAAUAUAUAACUAGAAUAUAUAAUAUAUAAAUAGUUAUAUAAUAUAUAACUAGAAUAUAUGACUGGGUAUACCAGAGUGGUUAGAGGUUGGAUUCAAAUAGUAAUCUAGACUUCUUUGAAUUGUGAAUUACAACAAUAAAUUUAAAUGCAUAUGCCUAUCAUUUACUAUGAAAAAAAGUUUUUCCCAGACUGUUUAGGGAGGUCUUUAAAAAAGUAGAAAUGGUGCUAUAACCAUAUGAUUGGCGGCCCACCCCUUUUCUUAUAUUGCUUUAUUUAGCAAAUUCCUACAGCUGCCCAUAUCAUAAAAAGUGCCUGUGGGCAUCUUACAAAAUAAUCAAACUGUAUCACAAUAUUUUACAAAUCUGACAUAAAUAAGAAAUAAAACAUAAAGGAAUAAAGAACCCCAAGACUGCGGGAAGACAAUGGUCAUUUAGUCUCAUUCAACCACUUCACAGACUCACCACAGGAUUUCUAGGAUUGAUGGAAUAACAUUUUCAACAUUUUCUGAAGGAUCCUUGGUGCUCUCUGUGUUUGGUUGGUUGCUUUCUUACAAUGUUUCAUUACCCAAACUAAGUAACAUCAUCAGCACCUAUGUAUGAUGUUUACCUAGUUUGGGUAAUGAAAUGUCUGCAAGAAAACAAGCAAGCUCAGAGAACACCAAGGACCCCUUCAUUUCAACUGUGAGCUACAAAUAUUCUCCUUUAUUGAUCAAGGCUUGAUCAAGAGAUGGGGCUAACUUCACCUCAGGGAGAAUAAUGUUCCUGGGGAUGGAGUUACAGGAGGAAAGGUGCAUCGCCUGGGUCCUGACCAAUGGAACUCCUUCACAGGCAGGAUCCAGACCAUACUUCUGCUGGAUCUGAUGGAUGGAUGGGUAGAUAUAACUGGGAAGAGACAGCUCCUCAUUGCACAACACACAUAUAAAAAGACUAGAACUUUGACUGCAUAGUUGUGGCCAUCUUGAGCUUUGAUCUCCAAAGGAUUCUACUUUAGACUCAUACUUUGUAUAAAUUCUAAUUUAUAUCUUGUGCUAAGCCUUUUUCUGGUCUCUACUCAUUUCACAAAAAAAUCAGCCUAGGACUUGGGCAAUGUUACAUUACUCUGGCAACUUCUACAAAGCUGAGCAGAAAAUUCACGAUUUUGUUCCAACUGCUGUGCUGGAAUUUGAAAACUUGCUUCUCAUCUUAGGUACAAAUGCAGUUAUUUCUUUCUCACCAUCCCAAUGGUGUCCUUCCUUCCCUGUCCCUUACUCAUCCAGCUUUAUCCCCAUUCCUAAAUAAGCCAAUCUAAAAAUACCCGGGGGAGGGGGGGAGAUUGUGAAAGGAGUUAUCUUCCCCAGUGCUUAGUAGGAUACAAGGUAGCCACUUCCUUACCUUCUUUCAAAAACACAUAAAAGGAUCCUGCAAAUGCUGGGUCAUUGGUUAUCACUGUUAGAGGGAUUUGUUUGAGAUAAAAUUUCUAGAUCAUGGGAAAAUGCUAUUGACAAGGCCCUGUAAAUUAAAGGGCAAAAAAGAGAUAAAUUAGAAAAUAUUCUUGAGUAAAAAAUAUGAGCCUAGAGAAAAAAGGGAUGGACAACAACACAAGCAUACUGUUGGAGUUGUUCUGUUGAAAAAUGGGAGACAUGCGAGUGGAAUAAGAGUAGCACAUUGCCCAACUGGCCCCCUUCUGUGGAAAUUUUUCCCCCUAUGGUAAUUAGUGUGAACAGAGAUCUCCUUUGAGUUUUCUGAUUUGGAGGCUAAAGUAUUUUGGACCAAUCUGGUCAGCUGCCCCCUUGUUCUUGUUCAGCAGGACUAACAGCUUCCCCUUUAAUUCCUUUAUUGAUGCAGGUAUUAUUCACAUGUAGAUCAUAAAAUAAUUAAUGGAGAUAAAAGAAAGAAAUCAUUGCUUACUUUCUGAUCAGCUGAAGAUAAUCUGUGCUUCUCUAUCACUGCAAUAACAUCUGAGAAGCGGACAGGACAUCCACCAUCAAUUCCUAAUGUAUAUUUAACAUUUUAGUCAGGAACUGAUUUUAACUACAUUUCCUUUCUCCAGGAAUCUCCGAGAUCUAAAAUUCUGUGAACUGGGGUGUAUAAGAAUGCAGUCCAACAUAUGUAUGUUAGGAAGGUAGUUCCUAUAUAUUCAGUGGGCUUACGCUUAAGUUUAUACAAUGUAUAAAUUAAUCAGAAUAUUCAUUCAUUAUAUUUCUAAACUGUCCGUUUCAUUUAGGUAACUCCAAGCAAUUUACAAUAUAAAUUACUAUUAACAGAUCUUCACCCUUCGCAGACUUAACAUUUAUGAUCAGAGCCAUGAGGAUUACACUGAAACAGUACUGACAUAGGUUUCAGCCGUCUAGCACUUAUUUCAGAAGCUUUUUUUCAUUUCCAGGGAAACCUAAUAAGUAAAUUGAAGCUUAUGAAAAGCAGUGCAGUGCAGUGAAAAGUAAAAUCCAAGUUAGCUCUCACUGAAAACCUGAUGGGGAGCAGGACACAAAGGAGGUAUUGCUUUGUAUGUGCAUAUUAGCUUCCCAGCAUUCAGACAACAGUUGCAGUGAAAGAAAUUAAUUUCAUUUCAAUUAGCAUAGAUAUGUUUUUAGUUUUAUCGGCUGAUACAAGCUUCCACAUCCUUGUUUAGAAAUUUCCAAAGAAAUGCAGCAUUCAUCCUGACACUGGUACUACCAAGGAAAUAUGUGUACAUUUCUCUUAAUUUUUAAUCUC